ACUCAUCUGGACACCAUGGGGAAGUGUCGCGCACACUGGCUGUGUUUCCCCUGUCUAAAACUGACCCGCAGCUUUAGGAUGGGCUCUGCCUCCAAGCGAACUUUGCUUAUUGCUAUCCUGUGUUUGGCCAACUUGUUUUUUCUGGUUUUAAAAGUUGGUCAUUUAGCGCAACCCCGGCACAGAAGGCGCAACGAGGAACAGAAGCGGCACGCCCAUAGGGAGCAUCAUCUGGACGGGGAUCUACCGGACAGCUCGGACCUGCAGACCUCUAACUUGGAGGUCCCGACCCGGUUUAAUGUGCUGUACAUAACGCUAAAAUCCAAGCGUCCUAAACCGGCACAUAUUUUCGGCACAGUCCGGCCAAAGCUGAGGAAGAAAGUGAGAACAAAAACGAGCUCUCCGUCACAGCGUAAACAGUUCAGCGCGGAGCGGGACGCAGCCCAAGCGAACAGUGACUCUGCACUAGAGCCACCCAGGAAAGAAGGCAAUCCCGUGGACUUUCCCAGAACAUCUUACAACUAUGGCAAAGACCAUCACAUUAGCACUAUCCGAAUUUACAGCCCAAAGGCGCCGUCUUGGUUCAGCGCACAGGACGUGAAAAACAUGCGCUUCCUUGCGGAUGCCAAAGUUUUGCGCAUGAAAGAAAUCCCGCGAAUGGACGCGCCGGCUCUUCUGGUGUUUGAGGGUGUGGACAUGAACCAGCUGGUUAACCAAAAACACUUGAAUAGAAACGUAUGUGGAGGCCGGUGCGGAGUUAUCUACAGGUCUGUGGAUAGCACGGAGGUGUUUGCCUUCCAUUUGGACCGAGUGCUUGGGCUCAAUAGGACGAUACCUGCGGUAAGCAGGAAGUUUGGCUUUUUGCCCGAUAGCCAGGCCUGCCAGGCGGUGCUGUGGGAUGCAUCGCUGUACCCUGAAGAGCUCGCUGCAGGUCCGGCCACUGUGAGCAUAACAUGGAGGGAAUACCAGAACUCACUGACACAGAGGUGUUGGCUUAGUAAUGUUAACCCAAAGUUCAACUCAGGCUGCUCAACAAUUUAUCACAGUGAAUGGAGCAAAUUAGCUCUGUUUGACUUUUUGCUACAGAUUCACAACCGCCUGGAUCCGAACUGCUGCGGAUUCAGGCCCCGGCAGGAGGAUGGGUGUGCUGGACCGGGACGCCAUGCUGCGUGUAAGGACCCGGAGAACUUACGACUGGCAAACAUUGUGCAGAGGCAGCACGACCUCAGACACUUAGUCUUCACUAACAACAAGGGGUUCUUUGAUCGCAACGAGGACAACUUAAACUUCAGGCUGCUGGAGGGAAUCAAGGAGCUUCCAGAGCAGGCUGUGUCCGUGUUGAGGAGCGGGAAGCUGAGGGAAAAACUUCUCCAGUCACUCUUUCUGGACCAGAUGUUUUGGGAAAGCCAGGGCGGCCGACAGGGCAUCGACAAGCUGAUCGAUGUUGUUGAGAAGCGAGCCAAGGUCCUCCUCACCUACAUCAACGCUCACGGGAUCAAAAUUCUCCCCAUGAGUGAUUGAUUUUUUAUUUUUGUCCAUUCGGUUUGUUUUUUAUUUAUUUUUUUAGCUUUUUAUAAUUUUUACGAUCAGCAACUACAUGAGGUGAAGUGAGGAAUAGAGCAACUAUUUGUUACUUGAUUUUCUGGGGUUUAUAAUGAGUUGUGUAAAAGCUGGUUUUGUGUUCAUUUUGUUUCAAAAGUACAAGGGUCAGCAGUGUCAAACAUACAUUUAAAAAAGGUAAAACAAAAGACAAUUUAUUGUAUUUCUUUGUAUAUUUGAAGCACCGGUGAACAGAAGAACACAUAACUGUUCCCUUCAUUAAUCCACAGAGCAAUAAAAAGCUAGAACAAUGUGUGCUUUUUUCCACAAAGGUGUGGAUGCAUUUGGCAAAGUCAUUGCUCAAUACUGUCAGCCUGGCUAAAAAAUGACUACUGUGGGGAAAGAAUGCAAAACAGAAAGCAUAAGUCAGCAAAUUUCCAUGUGAGAAAUUGAGAAAUCACUUGUUUGGAAAACACAAUGAGUAAUACAAUGCCUUUCACUUUUCUAUUUAUCAUUUCUCUUGUGUCAUCUCUUACUUGCAGUUUAUCAUGUUUGCUCAUCGGGAUUCAGGUUGAAUUUAAAUUGUACCUAAAGUUAGUUAAUAUUUCAUGAAAUAUUUCCCUCUUGAAUACAGCAGCUUAACAAUACAUUUCCAUAUUACAACAUAUUUAGUAGAGGCGUAACAAUGUAUCAAUUUACAUUGAUAUAUUGAUUAAAUGAUUAAUGAUGCAAUUCCAUGGAUUCAAAUGAAAAUAUUGACCCAUGUCAUAAUUUUUACGAUACACGUUUAGUUUGAAAUUCACAACAUAGGAGACAGGUGAUCUAUUAUUAAUAUUAAUAUUAUUAUUAUUAUGAAUGUUGUUUUAAAAUGAGAAGAAUGCUGUUUUUAAUUUAAAUACCUGAUACCUGUAAGAGC